AUGCCUCCUGUCAAUUUGGCCAGCUUAGGCCAUCAGGUUCGUCGCUUCGGUGCUCUUCACUUACGUAACUGUUCGGGCAACUCGAGCUUCGACGCUUGACCAUUCCACAUCUUACUGACGUCAUAACAGCACCCCAUAGACACUGUUCCGCGCACCCCAUCAUCCCUGGCCAGGGUUCGUCGGGGUCGAUGACCAAGUCCGCGGUGGAGUAUCGACAUCCAGCUUUACCAUUGAGAAGCCACCCCAUACUCACACGAUCGGCGUCUUCAGUGGUCACCUUGGUGAGCUACUCCCAAUCCGAUCCUCGCCGCUGCCGUUGCUGACGGCGAUCGUGCGAUUGGGUGCAUUCCCCCCCUCUCUUCCCGGACCCCCGAACUGUCACCCGGCAGAUAUCAAGACCUUAGGAGGUGCGGGUUUCGCAUCCCAGUCAGCCGUCUUUCGCAAAACGAAGCCCCUCUCGCUCCCCCGUUCAUCCUACUCCGGUCUACUCCUGACGAUUCUGAGACCCUCCAACGAGGUCUCGGUGACGACCACCCCCAUCACGACCAAGAAGCCAUCUAAACCGACCUCGUUUGUUCUGACCUUGAAAUCCUCACCACCGGUCACUCGACCUGAUGGAAGGAUGGAAGCGGGUAUCUCGUACGAGUAUGCGUUCAAGACGGAUGAUUUCGACGGCAAGGAGAAGCAGAUUCAAAUGGAGUGGGAUGGGUUCAUCGCGACGUAUCGAGGUAGAGCGGACAAGAACUUCGCCAAAUUGGAUCCGAACAAGUUGUACGAGUAAGUUCUAUCACUUUUACGGUCCUAACUUCCAUGUUUGUCACGGCUGACUCUUCCUGCCCCUUGCUUCAGACUGAGCUUCAUGUGCCGUUCCAACUUUGGGGAACAAGCCGGUGAUUUCGAACUCAAGAUCCUCGAACUGGCCGCACUGAGGAACAAGUAUGACAAGCGUAAAUCUCGAGGGUGUUUCGAUUGGGCCAAAAAACUGGUCACGAGGCGUUAUGAGGCCGUCGCGGGUUGGUACAAACGUGAUCAAGGCGUGAGGUUGGUGUAA